AGUGCCCCCAACCGACUGACAGAUGACAGAGUCAAACUAAAGAACCAAAAAGUAAAAACACGAAAACGGCUCACAUCGAUGAGUGAUCCACAUCACGGCGUAAGGGGCGUCCAUUCCAAGCUCCGGCUGUAUCUGUGGAUCUAUGGAACGGCGCUGGUGUUUAUAUUCAUCAGCAUCCUGCUAAUCAUCUCCUUUGGCUUCAUCAACAGUGAGCCCGGAGAGCGCUGCUGCCCUGCUGCCUACUCCUUCUUCAGCCUCGGCCUACUCUCGCUGUUUUUCUAUGUGAAUGUGAUGUUUCUGCGGCGCAAGUUUCCGGUCAACUGGAUACUGAGCUGCAGCAUUGCUGUUGUUUUCGGCUUGGGCACUGCCUCAAUGCUGCCCGAGCAGACAGCCGGCCAUGUGAUUCUUUUGGCCCUUGAAGUAAUCGUGAUGAUGGGCCUACUGCUGCUGCUCGGCUACUGGCUGCCACCGAAGUGUCACCCACUGCUCUACAUUGCCCUCACUUCGUUCUGCUUAGCGGUUGUAGUGUUUGUCCUGUGCAAGAUUAUCUCGGACCAUACCCCAGACGACAGCGAUAAAACGGCGCUGUUGAUAGUUCACUGCAUUCUCUGGACAGUGAUCUGCCCGUUGCUCCUUUUCCAGUCGCAGGUGAUCAACGGAUACUGGGGCAACGAGCCCCCUUCUCUGGACAUACCGCUCUGCGCAGUGCUUCUUCUCAUCGACUUUCUGGCCUGUUAUGCCUUCCUGGAUGCUGUCGCGGAUAUCGAUUUUGCCAUCGAAAAUUUGCUCAGCUCGAAGACCAUGCAACUCAUAGUCCGUGUCGGAAGGAGCGAGAACUCACCUUUCUAGCCGGAAAGUUCUUCUAAGACUAAAUUAAGAUCAACACCCGUAAACUCUUUGUUUGAACAUACAUCGAUGCAGGAUUAUAAAUGUAUUUAUACCAA